AUGGCAUCGGUCAUCACGUCCGUGAACAUCCUAACGGUCGCGGUGAACCGCCGCCGCGCGAACCCCGCCGGUCGUCGCGCCGCGCCGACGCGCGCGGCGGGCGACGGGGCACCGAGCGAGACGGCCGCCUCCCCCUCGGAUGGAGCGUCGACCUUCGAGUCGCCGCCCCGGAGGCCGUCUCCGCUGGAGCGCAUCAUGAAGGAUCCCCUCGCCGCGGCGGUAAUGGGUCCACGCCUCGCCCUCGGCGGCGCCACCGAGGCUCUCGACCUCCUGCAGAAGGGCCAGCUCCUCGGGGUGCUGGCGCAGGCGCCCGGGGAGCUGAACACGCUGCUGCAGGAUCCCAGGCCCAUCAACGACAAGGCCGAGGACCUGGUCCGACGCGCGGAGGGGAUGGUGGAGACCCUGGAGGAGCGGGGUAUCGCCGCGGAGGCGCCGGGCCGCGAGAUCUUCAAGGCUAUCCUGCCCGCGGAUCUGUACGACCGCUACCUCGACCCGGCCGCUGUCGGAGCCGCAGCCGCAACCGCGACCCAGCCGCCGCCGCCGCCCGCCGAGUACAAGGCGGAACCGCCGACGCGAUCCGCGCCGCGCACCGCACCCGCGACCGCCGCGGAGGAAGACGACGCGGCGGUCCCCGUCCCCGACCCCGACCCCGUCCCCGUCCCCGCGGCGGCGGAGGGGGAGGUGGACGAGGAGAAGGGAUCGCCGCCCGAGGCGACCGAGCGGGGGGAGCGCGGGUGGGUGUUUGACAGCGACGAGGACCCGGCGGUGAUCGCCGCCGCCAGAGCCGUGGCGUCCGUGCUCGACAGCGAGGAGUGGGACGAAGAUCGCGAGGCUGGGCUCUACCCGGAGGUCUUGGGCGGACAGAAACCGGCGUCGACGAGCAGCGGCGACGCCAUCGCGGAGGAUGACGGCGUCCCGGAGACGGCUUCCCCGCGCCCGGUCGAGCCGGCGCCGGUGCAGGCGGCAUCCUCCGUCGCGCCCGUCGCGAGCGGAUCCGCCCCGUCCAGCGUUCCUCCCGAGCUCUGGGCCGCGGUGGAGGAGGCUGAGAAGCUCGCCGCAGACGUCGUCAUGCAGGCGUCGACCGUCGCGGCGAGGAGGGAGCGGUGA